AUGUCGCCGUCGAGGUCUGCAUCCGCCAUCGUCGCCGACAAAACGGAAGGGUACCACUUUCUCACAAUCCACGACUACUCCCAAACCAAGGGCGUCCCCACCGGUGAGGGGAUCGGUUCACAGCCCUUCACAGUCGGCGGCCACCGUUGGUGCAUCUACUAUUACCCCAACGGUGAUCGCUCGGAGGCUGCGGACUAUGUGUCCUUCUCCCUGGAACUAGAAGAAGAAGAUGGCGCGACGGCGGUGAAGGCCCAGUUCAGAUUCUGUUUCGCGGGCGAGGAGGAGGAGGCGAAGCAGGCGGCGUUGCUGGCGUUGGCAUCGGUGGACGAAUUCACCUCCAGGGGCCGCUGGGUGUGUACGAAGUUCAUCAACAGGAAGGUCCUGGAGAACUCCAAGCAUCUAAAGAACAACUCGUUCAUGGUCCGGUGCGACAUCCUUGUCAUACACAGGUACCGUUCCACGGACAACGCUGUGGCCUACGUCUCCGUGCCCCCAUGCGAUUCGUCCCAGGACUUUGGUGAGCUCCUCGAGACUGAGAAGGGCGCCGACGUGGUGUUCGAGGUUGGCGAUGAGACCGUCGCCGCACACCGUUGCGUGCUCGCGGCCCGCUCGCCGGUCUUCGCAGCUGAGCUCUUCGGACCAAUGAAGGAGGGCAAUGUUGCCGCUGCUGGCGUCGUGCGCUUGGAAGACAUGGAGAUGGAGGUGUUCAAGGCGCUGCUCCGUUACGCGUACACGAGCUCACUGUCACUGCAGGGGAUGGCGAACGACCACAUCACGUGCCGGAAAAUUCUCGUCGCGGCAGACAGGUAUGGCAUGGGGCGGCUGAAGCUAAUCUGUGAGGAGUGGAUCUGUGAGUGCAUUAACGUGGACACGGUCGUGACCAUCCUGGCGCUAGCCGAGCAGCACCAUUGUGAGGGACCAAAGCAGGCGUGCUUCGAUUUUCUUGCAGAUCCGACGAAGCUCAGGGCGGUCAUGGUCACCAGCGGCUUCCAGCAUCUGUGGGAAAGCUGCCCUUCUCUUAUGAUGGAGCUCAUGGACAUGUGCUUGCCGCAUUAG